GCGGCCACACCUGUGCGACCGAGAUCGGAGUUUGAUGAGUGGAAUCGUCACGACUGGGCCUCGGAGGCUUCGUCGUGGGAAUGGUCUGGGCACGCAUGGGACGAAGGAGGACGGGAUGAUCCGUGGUCCUCCUAUUUGGACUCUCAGCAACCGGGUUGGAGGGAACGUCGUUACAGUAACUGGGCUUGGGAGCAUGAUUCGAGUGACGCAGGUCUGGAGCAGACACCGGAAGGCGCGGAAGUUCCUUUGCCACGCCUCCUGGAUGACAGCUACAUUCGAAGUCCCAAGCCUCCAGACAGACGCCGUUCCUUACGAGCCCAAUGGGAUGAGGGAGACAGGAGCCAUGAACCAAGGGUCCAGCAAGAUCCUCAGCAUCCUGUACCCGAUCAUCCCCAAGUUCCUGAUGCCGCGCUUUGUGGUGACCAGACAGUAUAUCCUAGGCAAGAUCAUCAGCAUCCUGUACCUGAUCAUCCCCAAGAUCUCCGUUGUAAGGAAUAUCCCAGGCAAGAUCGUACGCAUCCUGUACCUGAUCAUCCCCAAGAUCGCGAUCCUACAGUAUAUCCGAGGCAAGAUCGUCAGCAUCCUGUACCUGAUCAUCCCCAAGAUCAUCGUUCGGCAGUAUAUCCCAGGCAAGAUCGUCAGCAUCCUGUACCUGAUCAUCCCCAAGAUCCACAGGGCCUUAGUAGUGGUGCCGUGCUCAAGGGUGAUGGUCGUCAGAUGGUUCAGGGAGCAUCUCGUGAUGGUGGAGGGUCACAUGAAGCACCUGGGGUCAAUGUCUCAGACGACAAGGGCAGCCGUCGGGGUGAAGGAGGUUCCAGUUAUUUGUGAAAGCUGGAAGGACUAUUGGCGUGCCGUUGAGUUCUGGCUGGCGUCGGAGGGCGUGAACCUUCCACCUGCAGUUCGCAGUUCCAGGCUCAUGCAACAGUUGAAGGAGAGAGCGGCGAAGAUUGUGAACCACCUGGCGGUCGAGGACGUGGCCUGCGACGACGGUGUGAACAUUAUAAAGCGCGAGAUGGAGAAGUCGCCCAUCAUUCGGCUGCUGGAGCACAAGGAGGUGGAUCGCAAAAGGCAAAAGUUCAUGCGUUUGGCUCGUCUGCCAGGCGAGUCAUUGGAGAGCUUUAUCAAUAGGGCCUCGAUCUAUCGCCACGAGAAUGACCAGUGCCAGAACUACAAGGUUGGCUCCAAGUUUUACCUGGGUCACUUGUUGGACGCGGCGAAGCUGACCAGAAAGGAUGAGGCCCUGGUGAAGACGGCGGCUGGCGGUCUCAAUGAUGAGACGAAGGUCGUUAACGCCUUGCUGGAGCUCGCGGACCAGUUGGAAGGCAUGCCGGGCUUUGCAAUUGGAAGGGGAGAACCUGAUAUGCCGGAUGAGGAUGAGUAUCUGGUUCAGAAAAGAAGACAGGAUAAGCCGGAGCGAGAACGCCCUGGCCGUGGACGAUGGGAGCCGCGACCUCAUCGGCAUGAUCGCUCCCGCUCGCACAAGGACAAGCGCACUGGGAGGUUCAAGAAGUGGAAACAGGUUUUUCAUGCUAUGCUUCGUGAAGAAAGUGAUGGUUCCUCUUCUUCUUCGGGAUCCUUGAGCGAGGAAUCAGAGGGCCCCACGGGCCUGUUGGAAGAUGGUGACGAGGAAGAGUCACCAUCGAGCCGCGAGGAUCCUUCCGAAGGACAUGCGGCUCCGGCUGAAGUUUUCGCUCAAGAGUACAAGGCCAGGCGCAAAGUCAACGAGCCGAAGAAGAUGCGGCAGUACUUCCAGAAGGGCUCCAAUCAGGAGCGAACUCAAGCUUGGGUCAAGGAGCAGCAGAAGCGGGAACCUUGUUUUUUGUGUCAGAAGCUGGGGCAUUGGUCGCAAGAAUGCCCUUUGCGGAAAAAGGGUGGCAGCAAGUCCCACCCGGUUCAUGUCACAGCGGGCCCCAUGCGCACGGACCCGGACCAGUGGAGCCUUCUCGAAGCCAUUGCGGAAUACACAGCGGAUGUGCCAAGGGUUUCUUCAGAGCAUGUGUGUUGUGUUACCAGUACCAUCGAGAGCAGCCUCAUGGAUCAUGAGAUUUUCUGGUCUAUGCGAGAGUUGAGCAGCAGUUUGAUUCUUGAUUUGGGUUGCAUGAAGUCGGUGGCGGGUACCAAGUGGGUGAAUCAGCACAUUCAACGACUAAAGGAGUUGGGCAGGUGGAUGAAGGCGGUUCCCGAGAACGAGAGCUUCAGGUUUGGUGAUGGGCAUGAGUUGCGCAGCUCGUAUUCGUUCAUGUUUGAGGCCACGUUGAUGGGGGUGCAAGUGAUUAUUCGCUUAUCCGUCGUCCCCGGAGAGAGACUCCUCAUGUAUUUGAUCCUCCAGUACCUGUGCAUCUUGAAGCAGCCCGUCGACGUCGUCUACCACUUUGUCUACCGGUACAUUGAGGCCCCCGCCAGGACCGCCGAGCACCAUCGCCUGAACACGGACGGGUCAGGAGACGAGGCCUUCAGCCAGGCGCUUCACGAGAGUUUCUCCGACUGGAGUCGCAUCGAGCCCGAGAAGGAGAAGGAUUCCCCGGUUCGGGCCAAACCAGGAUCCUUGAGGGCCUCUCUGGCCAGAGAUCGUCGAGCAGCUCGGUCCAAGUCCGCGGACAAGGCUCGAUCAAAGUCGUCAGAGAGACAGGUGCGUGUGAAAAAGGCCGACAAGGGGCUCAACAGCAAAGCGGUGCCCACGCCGAGAGGAGCCCCACCGUCGAGAUCGUCGAGGGCGUCUGCCCCGAGCACCCCGGCAAGGAUGGAAGCCUGGACAGUGGACCGUUUGAAGGCCCAGGCGGCGGAACUCGAGACACGUUUGUGGAACCACAUGGACCCCACCAGCAUCGAUACGCCCGGCUCCAAGAAGACAAAGGCGUAUUGGGUGCAGAGAGUGACGGAUCUGGAGGAGGAGUGGGAGAAUUGCCAGCGCGAGCCGAUGGAGACCGAGGAGCUGGAGGAGAAGGGGCUGGUCAAGGUGAGCUCGAGUGGCGAAGACGACUCACCCACUCCAACGAUGCCGAAGCGAGCCACUCGCCGAGAGAGCCCCAGUCGGGCCAUGGUGAGAGUGGACCCGAAAGCUUCCGAGAUGCUAGAAGCGACGCGAGUGGAGACCAGGGGGAGGGCAUCUACCGAACCCCCCGAGGAGGAGAAGAUCACCAAGACGAGAGCAGCCAAGGGGAAGGGCGCAAUGAAAGUGCACGCCUUAACGGAUCACGUGGCCCCGUUCCCCUCCCUGUCCAACAAGUUUUCGGACGAUGUGGUGAUCAACUUGAUGCUCAGCCUGCAGAAGCAGCUCUUUGCCUUCAAGUGGAAGACGUUUGUGUGGAUGCUGAGGGUAAAGAAAGCGAUCCGGAACGAGUUCGGGCCCGAAGCUCGAUGGCAGCUUUGCAACGACCCGAAGAUCGCGCACCUGCACCUCCCUCGGCCUUCGCAACUUGAGAUGGCUGGCUGGCUGGCUUUGGCGGCUUCAUGGCAGUAUGGUUUGGUGAUGAUGGAGGUCUUCCACUCGGGAACACCAUGGCAUCGACCAGGUGAAGAACGUCGAUGGAAGGUGGAAGGACCUCUAUGGGAUCAUAUCGCCCCGCCCUCCUUCAAGGACUGUAGCAAGAUGAUGGAGCAACUUCGUCAAGUGCGGCCCAAUGUUUUGAUCAUUGGUCCUCCCCGAGGCCCCUGGUCAUCCUGGUUGCAAGAAAAGGAGAAGAUGAAGGAUGACCUUAAGGCCCGAUAUUGGCCCAUGUGGAACAUGAUCGAAGAGAUGUGGCACUAUCAGCAGGCUCAUGGACGCCUAGUUUUGCUACAGGUUCCGGCGAGGAUGAUGCCGCCGGGACCCGACGAGAUGAGGCAACUGCGCCACAUCUACUUCGACAAGCACCCCUCGGCCGAGAAGGUGACGGUGAAGGAGGAAGGCGGGGAGCGAACGCCAUGUUAUGCCACUCGAGUGGAUUUGUGUCAAUGGGGAGCUGUGGAUCCCUCGACCCAGAAGCCCUACAAGAGAGCUUGCCGAGUUGAAGUAAACGAUCCUUGGUGGUGUUCGCAGCUGGCAGGUGGAAGCUUGUGCCAGCAUGGUCCCGGAGCCCAUCAAGAAGUCUCUGGAUGCACUAAGGACGAGGCCGGGAAUUCUGUCAGCAGGGCCGUUCGCGCCCAGCAAUGGCCAUCGCCUUGGGCCCAGAAGGUCUUGGACUCGAGCCAAGAGACUUUGGAGCUGAGAAAAGGGCCUCCAACUCACUGCGUGUGGCAUCAAGAGUGCGCUGACGGUGCCGAGUGGGAAGCAGUUCCCGUGGAAGUGGAGCCCUCACCGGAAGGCCAACUACGACAGCAACUGGGCGAGGCCACGGGAGAUCAGUAUGAUUACAUCUACUUUGAGGGCGCGAGUGGUGCUCUCUCUCGCCAAGUGAGAUCUACUUUGGCCAAACUACAUGUAGUGUUGGGCCACGUCACCAACGACAAGCUGAAGCGCAUGCUGCAUUUGAACGGAGCAAAGCAGCACCUCUUGGAUGCCGCAGGAGAUUUACGAUGCCAAGUAUGUCAGAAAGUCACAGCCCCGAAACCGCCCCCGCGAGUAUCCUAUGAGCGACCUCAACGCUUCAAUCAGAGAGUGGUGACAGAUGUGUUUUAUGUGUGGGAUGCCAACAACACUAAGUAUGCGGUGGUACAUGCAUUGGAUGCCUUCGCCUUGUACCAGGUGGCCACCUUGAUGCCCACCGCCCGCGCGGACCUCGUGGCCCACUUCCUGAAGAACUAUUGGUUGGCAGUGUUUGGCCCGCCCGAGGUGUUGAUGAGCGACGCUGGUUCAGAGUAUGCGGCGGCGACUGAAUCACUGCUCCGAGCAUAUGAUGUUUAUCAUGAAGUGGUGCCUCCUGGCACCAAGUGGCGAAUGGGGCUGGCCGAGAGACAUGGGGCGGUCUUGAAGUUGCUGGUGAUGAAGACUAUACAUGCCACUACCGCUCGAGGCCACAGUGAGACAAAGGAGUGUGUUGUGGCAGCAACGGCGGCCAGGAACCGCCAGAUGAGGAUCUCCGGGUUCUCACCAGUGCAGAUUGUUCUGGGCAAGGAUGUGACAGUGUCCUCUUCGUUGCUGGAGCAGAUUGAAAGGGGCCACUUCAGGUAUGUGCUCAACCAGGACUUGGUUUUCGACGAGGCGAGGCGACGAAAUGAGCAGAUUCGCCAGGCCGCCGAGCACGCCUUCGUCUGGAUGAAUGGCCACGAGACGCUGCGCAAGGCCCUCAAUGCAAAGUCCAGACACCCUCGAAUGGAGAUGCUGUAUGAAGGGGCACAAGUAUACUUCUACGAGCCGCCCUCCUCCAGAAAGGGGCUGCCAAGACGGUUGCAGGACCAGAUCUCAUGGAUGGGCCCUGCGGUUGUGGCAGCCAUCGAGAGGCGAGAAGGAAACAUCCGGAGAGUUUGGGUGCGUUACCGCACAAAAUUAAAGGGUGUUCCCUUGGAGUACAUCCGGCUGGCAGCUUUGGAAGAGGUUGAGGCGACCAAGGUUUGCCAGGAUGCCCUCAAGGAGGUGGAAAAGGAGCUAGAGGGCGGCCGCCCCGACGUCGACGAGAUGCUGGAUGAUGGCCCCCGGGACCCCGAGGAGUUGCCGGACAUCUUUGAGUUCAGUGGAGAUGAGGAACCCCGGGUGGAGCAGCCAGUAGCCUCAGUGUUGGAUGAUGUUCCUGCCCAGCUUCACCGAGACAGGCGAGCGUCGUUUGGCACUCCCUUGCAGCCCCGCAAGAAGGUGCGUUUUGAUGAAGGAGUCCGAGCGACCGAAGAGCACCUAAGCCGCAUGCGCGCGGUGCUUGCACCUCAGGAGCCUCAGGAACGAGCCAGAAUGUCAGCAGCAGGAGCGGCAUCCUCAAGUGCUGCCCCUUCUCCCGCACCGCCGGCUCACGCCAGUCACCGGGGAGCUGGAGUACUACAUGUUCAACGAAUGUGGCGCUUGGACGGUGCCGUGCGCGGCCAGCGAAAGAUGUUGCGAGAAGCGAAGCAACAUGGAUGGACGGUCUAUGUGGCCAAGGUCGAGAGCGUGACGCACGAAGUGGCCAAAGAGGUCGCGAACUUUUCGGCCGCAGCUCCAGAAACCGCAGUGAAGAUUGACAUGCCGGUCACCGGGAAGCCGAGGCUGGAAUAUAAGUGGGGCGCGCUUUCAGAUGAAUGGAAGCGGGCCUUUGUGGAACCGCUCAAGAAGGCAGUGGAUGUCUAUGUGGACAAUGAUGCCCUGGAGCCUGUUCCUCUUGGCCCUCCUGUGCCCCCAGAGAAAAUCUUGCCUUCGCGGUUUGUCUUGACUAACAAGAGCGACAAGGAAUCUUUGGAGGAGGCCUGCUUGAAAGCCAGAUGGGUGUUGGCCGGGCACCUGGAUAAGGAGGCGGGCCAACAUGCUACGGAGGCCCCUACCGCGAGUUUGGUGGCGCACAAUAUUGUUUGCUUCCUGAGUGCGCAGAUGAGGUGGAAGAUGAGGUAUGCGGACAUCUCGGCCGCCUUCCUUCAAGGAGAGUACCUAGACGAAGAUCGGGUGGUAUUCGUCAAGCUACCUCGUGGUUAUCCAGAUGAAGUACGUGAACAUCUGGGAGAAAGACUCAAGGCCAAGGCCCGAGGAAGCAUCAGGUUGGACCUGGUGCGCCUCACGAAGGGAGGUUUUGGACUGUCCGAAUCGCCGAGGCUAUGGUACCUCCGUUUGAAGCGGGGCCUACACGAGAUUGGGUUGCGAGAGCUGAAGUUGUCCCCGGGCACCUUUGUUUUCCAUGUUGGAGGAGCUCUUCGAGGAGUGUUAUCGAUUCACGUGGACGACCUCCGGAUCGCCUUUCAUCCGGAUGAAGAGAAGAUCCUCGACAAGCUCCAGGGAGUUUUCCGUUUUGGAGAUUGGAAGGAAGCCACCCAGGAGACGGUGAAGUUCUGUGGACGGUGGGAAAAGCAGUGCCCGGAGACCUUCCAGAUCAUCGUGACGAUGUCUGGAUAUGUGCCCAAGCUGAAGGAAGCCCCCAAUCGUCCCAAGGACGAUAGAUCCCCGCUCACCGAGGUUGAACGCAAAUGGGUGUCCUCAGUGGGGGGUCAGCUGCUAUGGAUGGCAAGGCAAGGAAGAGCCGACCUUGCCUUUGGUAUUUCCAGAGUUCAACAGCUGGCCGGUGCCAAGGACCCCACGACAAUUGCUUCCUUGAACCAGCUGGUGACCAAGGCCCGGGAGCCCUACGAGAUGAUCUUCCAGCAGGUGCCCGGGAAGAUUGAGGACCUUGUGUUCUUGGCGGUGAGCGAUGCUUCACAUGGGAGUAUGCCCAAAGGGAGAUCUCAAGGAGGGAUGAUGAUCUUGCUCGCUAAUAACGAGAUCCUUGAAGGCCCCUCGCUCGUGAACUGUGUCCUCUACCACAGCGCCGUCUUGAAAAGAGUGGUGCGGUCAAGCUUGGCUGCGGAGAUCAGCCAAGCAGCGGAGACCAUGGACCAGUGUGAGUAUGUGCGGGCGAUGUUUGCCGAGAUUUGGGACGCGGCCUUUUCGCUCCCUCAGUGGCGAUGGAGUUCAAGUAUGUGGCCGCAAAUCCUAGUGUUGGAUUCGCGAACAGGCUACGAUGUGUUGAACAGCAUCAGCAACGGCGAGGACAAGCGCCUCGCCAUUGACAUCGCCAUCCUGAAGGAGUCCUUGUACGAGCCGGACUCAAACCGUUGGGUCAGAUGGGUUCCAGGGCUCACGAUGCCAUCGGAUGGACUUACGAAGCAGUACGGCAACGACACCCGUGACCGCGUGAUGCAAGGUGGCCCAUGGUGCGACAAGGGGACUCUCUUUAGUGCUGAUAUGGCGCAGCGUCUCCAAUCGGGGUUGGUGUCGAAGUAUGCAUCAAGCUCAGACGCUGCUUUUGCCAUUCCCC